GUCAUUCUCAUUUCUUCUCCGUCUUCACCUCUCUCUCUCUCCCUCCCUCCCACUCUUAUUCCUCGUGUUCGUCCUUCUCCGUGACUGUUCAUUGAAUCGCAUCGUAUUUUCUCGAGAACAGCGAUUUGAUUCCCAUUCAAUUCUUCGUCUUUUCCUCAAAUCAGUUCAUCCGAGUACGUAGUGGAAAUCGGGGUUCUCCUCGUUUCGUUUUCCCCAGAAAUUUUCCUGGGAAGUGGUAGAAAAUCAGGUUACUUUUCUCGGCACCCAAACAAAAGUUUUCAGACAAAAGGCACUAUCCUUUUCAUCUCUGAAGCCCUCUCUUUCUGUCCUGGAAAUCCUGAAAAAUCUUUCUUCCUUGCUCCGUCCUCUGGAUUUUGAUUAUAAUCGCAAAAUACAGCAUCGUCUCUGCCCCAAAGACCCGCAAAGUUUCCUUAGGGUGACGCAAGAAAGAUCUCUGACGAUCCUUGAGCUUUUCGCAGAUUUGUUCUCUUCCGUGCUCAGUGGUUGACUGUUGCUAGAUAUCCGAAAUGACGAGAAGACCAGACCUUCGUGCUGCUGUCGUAACUGCCACGCUUCUCCUCUCGAUUUUCCUGCCGUCUGUUUGCUCCGCCGCCGGAGAAACAGAAUCUCUGCUCCACUUCAAGUCCCGCCUCGUUGACCCUCUCAACGCUCUCGAGUCAUGGAAACCCUCCGCCUCGCCCUGUCUGUUCCACGGCGUCAAAUGUCACCCAUUCUCCGGCGAAGUCGUCGAGAUCUCUCUCGCCAACAAAUCUCUCUCCGGCUCCAUUUCUCCGGUGAUCUUUACCUUGAGAAGUCUCUCCACUCUACGGCUUCCUUUGAAUUCCAUCUCCGGGAUGAUCCCGCUGGCGAUUGUCGACUGUACCAGUCUCAGGGUCCUCAACCUAUCCUCCAAUCGACUCUCCGGGAAGGUUCCGGACCUUUCACCUCUGAAAAGCCUCGAGAUUCUCGACCUCUCGAAGAAUUUCUUGGUCGGAGAGUUUCAGAGUUGGAUAGGCAAUCUGACUCAACUAGUUUCGCUCGGACUGGGCAACAAUCAUUACGAAGUAGGUGAGAUUCCUGAGAGUAUUGGGAAUUUGAAGAACUUGACUUGGCUAUUCUUGGCGCAUUCACACUUACAGGGGCAGAUUCCGGAAUCGAUCUUCGAUCUGAUAUCUCUCGAUACUUUUGAUAUCUCGAGGAAUGCGAUUUCCGGGGAUUUCCCGUCGUCAAUUACAAGAUUGGUGAACCUCACCAAGAUUGAGUUCUACCACAACAGACUCACCGGAGAAAUCCCCCAAAGGAUCGGAGAGCUGACCCGCUUGCGCGAACUGGAUAUCUCCUCGAAUCUGAUGAGUGGUGCAUUGCCUCAGGAGAUUGCGAAUUUAAAGGAGCUAAGGGUUUUCGAGUGCCACGAGAACAACUUUUCCGGCGAGUUUCCAUCUGGGUUCGGGGAUCUGCGUCACCUUACUUCGCUUUCCAUCUACAGGAACAACUUCUCUGGUGAAUUUCCGGCCAACAUCGGUCGGUUCUCUCCCCUGAACACAAUCGAUAUCUCCGAGAAUGGGUUCUCCGGUCCGUUUCCUGCGUUCUUAUGCAAGAACAAAAAGUUGCAAUUUUUGCUAGCUCUGCAGAACAAAUUUUUCGGCGAGUUCCCUACAUCCUACGCCGAUUGCAAAUCCCUCGUGAGGCUCCGGAUCAACAAUAAUAGUCUCUCUGGACGUAUUCCGGAUGCGUUCUGGGCUCUUCCUCAAGCUAAGAUGGUCGAUCUAAGCGAUAAUGGUUUCACCGGAGAGAUUUCUCCUUCAAUCGGGUUUUCGGAAGAACUGAACCAACUGUUUUUGCACAACAACAAGUUUUCCGGCCAAAUUCCUCAUGAAUUCGGAAAGCUGGCCAACUUAGAGAGACUCUAUCUGAGUAGCAACGAGUUCUCUGGCCAAAUUCCGGCAAAACUUGGAGAUUUAAGACAAUUAUCGUCUCUGCAUCUUGAAAUUAACUCGCUUACAGGGUCGAUCCCUCAGGAACUGGCGAACUGUGUCCGACUUGUCGAUCUGAAUCUCGCUCGAAACUCAUUAACUGGUGAAAUCCCCUGUGUUCUGUCACAGGUGAAUUCUCUGAACUCGCUGAAUCUCUCAUACAACCUUCUUACAGGCUCGAUCCCUGAGAAUCUAGUGAAGUUGAAGUUGAGUUCCAUUGAUUUGUCUGAAAAUCAAUUGACUGGAAGAAUACCGCUGGAUCUUUUAGCGGUGGGAGGAGCAGCCGCGUUCUUUGGAAAUGAGAAACUAUGUGUCGAUGAUUUGAUCACAAAAACCAAUGAGAGCUCUGGUUUGAACAUCUGUGGCAGCAGCCACCAUGCACAAAAGGGAGACUUUCGCGUAAAAUUGUUUGUGUUCUUGGCACUAGCCUCCGGCCUGAUCGCUUUCAUGUCAGGAUUUUCCAUAGUGUAUUGUAGAAACGUGAAGGUUCGCCAACUUGACAUGGAAAGCAGCGAUCUUGAUGCAGAUGCAAAAUGGAAAAUCGCGUCUUUCCAUCAACUCGAGUUUGAUGCAGAAGAGAUCUGCAGAUUGAAGGAGGAUCAUGUCAUUGGGGUUGGAAGCGCGGGAAAAGUGUACAGAGUUGACCUGAAGAAGAACCGAGGAACAGUGGCAGUAAAGUGGCUGAGGAGAGAAGAUGCUAAAGGGUCAGAUGUCUCAAUUGCAGAAAUGGAGAUUCUUGGGAGCAUAAGGCACAGAAAUAUACUGAAGUUAUAUGCUUGCCUGAUCGGAAGAGGUUCAAGCUAUUUGGUGUUUGAGUUCAUGGAGAAUGGUAAUUUGUUUCAGGCCCUUCCCCGCAAGAUCAAAGGCGGGUCACCGGAAUUGGAUUGGCAAAAAAGGUACAAAAUAGCGAUGGGGGCUGCAAAAGGAAUCGCAUAUCUGCAUCACGACUGUUGUCCACCGAUCAUCCACAGGGAUAUAAAGUCGAGCAACAUUUUGCUGGAUGCAGAGUAUGAGCCGAAAAUUGCAGACUUUGGUAUUGCAAAGAUUGUCAAUAACUCAUCGUCUCAUAAAGGACGUGAGUGGAGCUGUGUAGCUGGGACUCAUGGAUAUAUGGCUCCUGAGCUUGCAUACUGCUUCAAAUGGACGGAGAAGAGUGACGUGUACAGCUUUGGUGUCGUCCUUCUGGAGCUGGUGACUGGUCGGCGGCCAGUGGAAGAUGAGUACGGGGAAGGAAAAAACAUCGUUGAUUGGGUCUUGUCUAAGAUUCAACAGGAUCGGCAUAAUCUACAAAAUGUCUUGGACAAGGAAAUUUCAUGUUUUACGUACGUGGAAGAGAGCAUGGUUAGGGUUCUAAAGAUCGGAAUUCUCUGUACGACGAAGAUCUCCGGUCUCAGGCCAAGCAUGAGACAAGUCGUGAGUAUGCUCGGCCAUGUCAACCCCGUCGUCUCCACUUCCCCCGAUAGAACCGUAUAGACAUUACUAAAUUAUAUUUGAUUUUCCUGUUUUAUUGGUGCAGAGUUUUGUGGUGGUAAUGGCCAAAUUAUAUAAAAAAAAAAAUGUAAUUAAUAUUGUGUAUUGUUAUGUAUUCCACUGAAUGUAAUAUUUGGAAGACUUAUGUAA